ACUUCAUCCGCUCUCACAAGCAAACAAACACUCGCAAUUAAUCCUCCCAAACUUUACAAACUUCUUCUUUUUACGUAGAGCAGUAGCACACAAUGUCCACGGCGCCGCCGCAAGCGAACCACCAGCAGCAGCAGCAGCAGCGCCACCGGAGGCUGCGGGUGCGGCGGGUGUUCGACCUCUUCGACCACGACGGCGACGGCGUCAUCACCGCCGCCGAGCUCUCGGGCGCGCUGGGGCGCCUGGGGCUCGCCCUGGGCGCGCAGGCGGACGGGCUCGUCGCCGCCUACGUCGCGCCCGGCAUGCCCGGCCUGCGGUUCGCGGACUUCGAGGCGCUCCACGCCGAGCUCGGCGGCGGAGGCGAGGAGGACGAGGAGGCCGAGAUGAGGGAGGCGUUCGCCGUGUUCGACGAGAACGGCGACGGGUACAUCUCCGCGGCGGAGCUGCAGGCCGUGCUGGAGCGGAUGGGGGUGCCGGAGGCGGCGUGCAUGGCGCGGGUGCAAGGCAUGAUCGCCGCGCAUGACCGGGACAGCGAUGGCCGCGUCGACUUCCAUGAAUUCAAGGCCAUGAUGGCUGCCGGUAUGUAAAUGUAAUAGCUUAGUUAUAAGAAGAAUCUGAUUUCUCGUUCCAAGUCAUGUACUACUAGUUUACUACUACGUGCUAGCUAUAUGUACAAGCUAGUCUUGUCAUGUUUUUUCUUUUCUUUGUUGGAGGCAAAGCUAAUCUGUCAUGUGCAUACUGCAUAACUGUCAAAAAAUGUGCAUAGUCAUCUACCUUUUGUAAGCAACGUCUCCUGUAGCCUCUGGAUUUUCCUCUCUGUUUCAGGUUGUGUGUGUAGUUCCUUUU